GCCACUGCUGCUGCCCGCCUGUGAUGAAACCAGCAAGCAAGGCGAGCGAACUCGGGAGGCGGGAUAACAGCAGAUCCAUCCAGUCGACUGUGUGUUCUCGUACGUGUGCAUGGCGCCCUGUGUUGGUCUCGUCAUCCCUGCUCUCGUUGGCUCGCAGUGCACAUGGACUAGCGGCCCUUGCCAGUAGCAAAGAAGAGACUCGACAAUUCGCCCGCCGAACAAUGAAAAGGACGGUGAAGAGGGGCCGCUGGCAGCGGCCUUCAGCCCUUUUCUGACUCCGACGAUGUGGAGUGACCAGACGACGACGCCAGUCUGCCCGAACACCCUGCAGCAGGUACCCAUGACGGGGCUGCAGGCAAAACGCAAGCGCGACGACGCUGAGGAGACGAGCGCGGACCUGCCGGCGCUCAAGUGCGGCCGCGGGCCCGCGUGGCCGUCGUCGCCACGGCCGCGGCCGUGGCCGCCGGAGGACAACUCGCCGCCGGACAGCGACGAGGACGAGGACGACGACGAGCUGGAGGAGCUGAGCAGCAAGUUGUACUGCUACCCCGAGGGCGCGUCGCCGCCCUCGCCCGCCAGCUUCUACCGCUCGGCGCCCGCCAGUGAACCCUACUGCCCCCCAGGGCCCCCCAGGGGCUUCUCACGGACGUACUGGCCGCCGCAGUACUGCUACCAACCGGCGGCCGCGCCCACCCCCACCCCCAUGCAGACAAUUCGGUGCGCCGAGAACGGCAAGUCCUACCUCGAGCUGGGCUCGGCGGCCUCGACGGUGGUCAAGUCGCGUGCUGCCACCUACCGCCAGCAGCGCCACACCGUGCUCAACAUCUCCAUGUGCAAACUGUCCCGCUUCCGGCAGUUCCCGGACCCCAGUCUGCACCGCUCGGUGCUCAUCUGCAACACCCUGCGCCGCAUCGAGCGCGAGAUGGAGAAGGACAGCCAGCAGGAGGCCGCGGCGGCGGCGCCACCGGCGGCCGCGGCGCCGUACCAGCCACCCGUCGUCUACCCGGCCACCCCCCCGCCCCCGUCCGAGCCCUUCUUCGAGCUGCGAGAUCUCGCGUCGCCGGCGCCCCGCGCCACGCCCUUCCCCAGUCCGCACCACCCCGGCUCCGCGGACGACUCCUCCUCUGUGUCCAGCUCCAUCAACUGGAGCUCGGUGCUCAGUCUGUCCAGCCAGUCCGACCUGGACCCGCUGAACAACAACGGCGGCGGCGGCGCCGCCGCCGGCGACGACCUCGACUCCUCCUCGCACUCCUCCGAGUGGAGACUUUGCAGUGAUCAAGACUCUGUGCUCAAGUCCCUUGAACGGACUACCCUGGUGCACCACGCCGGCGUCAACGGCGAGGAGCUCGUGGACAGUUUGAUGCAGGUGCUCGUCGGCACGUAGCCCCGUCAAAAUAUACAAACUCUGAAACUUUAUAUUCCGGCCGGACAACGCCGCUUUUGGCCUUUCCUUCCUACUCGAUUGAAAUUAGUUUUUAAAACUUGACGCGUCAUUCAGAUAUGAUCAGAGCAGCUUGUUUUGUACAAAUUGGAAUCAAUUUUGAAUUUAAUUAACCAAGCGGCAUUUUUGUGGCCAAAACUGGGGCGCGUGUCCGGCCUCCUCUCUGUUCUCAACAAAAACGUCUUCGCGCUCUUCACUAUAUUUCUCCUUCGCAUAAAAUAUUAUUAUAAAUAUAUAAUUAUUUAUUUGUGAUAUAACUCUCUGAGAUAAGGUUCUGCUUUUGUACUCGACGACGAAAACGGUUGUUUGAAAUUUAUUUGAUUGAUCAGAAUUUUUCCAAGAGGUUGUGACACUAGAGAAAAAUUAUCCAAACCCACUGAAUUAUUAUAUAUAAAUUGAACGCCAUCCUUAUAAUUGACGCUCUCUAUCUCUGGCAGGUCUGAUUAGGAAGAAAUAAAUAAUUAUUUUGCUGCAUUGUACCAAACUUUUGGUCGCCGAAAUUUUUGCUUCAAUUUUUGAGAUUCGGUUAUGCUCAAAGUGUGCUCAAAUGACAACGACAAGAAAGAUCAACAACAAGUAUUACAAUUUUUUUACAAAGAUCGAAACAAACCGAGGUUGCUAUUUUUCUAUUUGAUUUAAGAAGUAAUAAGUUUUAUUUCUGCCAACUUAGGUGAGUGCGGAGUUGGCCCCGGCCGGGAUGCCGAAUUUCCAGGACGGUCAAUUGGAUCCAGGGAAUUUUCCACCCCAUGCCAACUCCGCAGCCCCACCGGGCUCUCUAAAGUGUUGAAAUCAAUUCCGUCUCAUGAGAUGACUUAAACUAUGCAGCUGAGAUUUAGUUUAGAGCCGCUUCAACUACUAGAUGUACUACUUUCCUUCUUUCUUUACAAAUCUGUGGUUCCAAAUUAGUUAAUCAAGCUCAAAUAAUGUGAACAAAAGCAAUAUUGUCUUCAUUGGAUUUGCUGAGUAAAUAAAAUUGGAAUUGGAAAAAAAUUAAACUUAAAAACACGGAGAACUACAGACUUGUGCUGUGAUAAUCAUGUUUAAUGUAUAAUAAAUAGUAAUGCUGCUUUCACGAUUAGGUGGAUAAUUUUAAUGAUUGUUUCCGCAUCAUGAUCUAUGUGAAAUUUUCGCUCCGGCCGCCCUUUGGAGGAGGCGGCCGGGGGUUGAGGCCGAAAAGAGUGCAAUAAACCCACUGGAGUAAAAGAAAAGUCAAUAGUCAGGGAUUAUAUUUACUGAAACCGUUUUAUCUAAAAAAAAACCAAGUACAAUCAAACACUAAAAGUUAACGAAAGAAAAAACGGACACUUUUGUAUAAAUUCUAUGCAAAAUGGGCCAAUUUUUACAACUGGUAUGAAAAUUUUUGGAAUUGUACUUGCUCGUCAUGAUGUGGGAAGCGAAGAAUUUUUGUGACCUCACCAGCAGUUAAAAAUCAAUAGCAAUCGUGUAGAGUUUAUAUGAAUUAAAACGGACCUGCUACUCACUCUUGUAGAAAGGAUGGCUGACAAAAGUAAGGAUGGCUAUGCAAAGAGUUUGCGAGACGAAAAUGUACAAAUCGAUUGUCUAUAAAUAAAUAAAAUAAUUAUAACGAUUAUUUUUUCAAAGCCAAAGAUAUUUUAUUGGUUAGGGACUGCUGUGGCUAAAUAAUCGCGCGACGAAUUUUGUUUCGGAGGAAAAAUGCUCGUUUGCUUUCCGCGAGCACAAGACGAACGUGUCCGACUUUAUUUUUUUGCAAACGAAAUGCGGUUCAUCCCUAGUUAAAUGUAUUUAUUGGAAUGAACGUGCUUGUGCCGAGAGUGGGUGAGUAAAUCGACCGCGUGAAAGACAUGUUAAUAAGACAUUGUAAAGAGAGGAAAAAUAUGGAAAUGAUGCAACUGCUAAUAAGCAAUAAAAGUUUACAAAAUUUAAAAACCAUUUGUAUUU